AUGACUACUUCUGAAAAAUUAAGUUUUUGGUAUUGUAAUAAUUGCAAUCGUACACUUAAUCAUGGUGAAUUUCGUUACAAUUGCACAACCUGUGACGACUAUGAUUAUUGUGAAAGAUGUGCAAAGACAGUAGAUCCACCACAUCCUCAUCGAAUGGUUCCUGAGCUUGCAUAUGGACGUGCAGAAAAAAAGAAAUGUCGCAUAAAAGACAUGAUGACAAUCAUUCAAACUGCAAUAGACAAAUAUUGGGAUCGUUAUUGUAUGGGUAUACGAGAUGUUGACAAAGAGAAUCCUGCCAUCUAUAUGGAUUCAUAUUCAUGGUUUACAUUUAAGAACAUUGGUGAUCGAUCAAAGAACUUUGGACAUGGACUACGACGUUUAAUUGAGCCACGAGGUUAUCUUGGUAUCUGUGCAGAAAACAGACCUGAAUGGAUGAUCACCGAUUUUGCAUGCAUUUUUCAAAGUAUUAUUAGCGUACCAAUAUAUACUCUGUUUAAUAAAAAUGAAAUUGCAUAUGUUAUCAAUAAUACACAAGUAUCAGUGAUUGUUUGUGACAAGCAAUUACUACCAAAAUUUAUUGAUAUACACGAACAAUGCUCAUCAUUGCAACAUAUUCAAUUACAAAAGAACAGGGGAUCUCAAUUCACUAUAUGA